AUGAACAAAAAUAAAUGCUUCUUUUUGUUCCUUGUUUUAGGAGCUUCUCAAGCAGAAAAUCGUUGUGUUCAAGAGGAGAACUGCACUUUGACUGUUGACAAUCCUGGAAUCAACACAAAAAGCUGUGAAGGGUAUCUGAUGGAGGAAUGUGCGUGUGUUCAACGAAGAAGUGUCAAUUUUGAAUACGAUUGUCACUGCUGCAAAAAUCAAACAAGACCCAAACGUACUGUUCCUUUGGAAGCAAUGUUUGGGCUCAAAACAUACGUGGCACCCGAUGACACUCCUAUGUUAAUGGUUGAACCUCCGGCCAACACUCACGCACCUGUUAUUGUAACGACAACAAUGGAACCAGCAAUACAGUUCCAAACAUUGAGAAAACCAAAUGGACUUUGCGGAAAAUUAGAAUUUGGUUGA